AUGAUAGCACCUAAGUGGUCACGUUUGGUGCGCUUCAUCGCCGAGGAUGAUCGGAAGGAAUACCUCGGCGAACCAGUUGACCCCGAUAUUGAUGUUGGGGCAGCCUUGGCAUCAUCUAGUGCGGUUCGGGUUCGUGUCUUCACGUGCACCUCAGCCCUGGAUACUUCGGCGGAGACAAUAUCAAAAGUACUUAAAAUCCACAAAGUUCUACCACCAUUGACUCGCAACGAAAUCGGGACCAUCCGUUGUAUUGGCCUCAACUACCGCAAACAUGCCAAGGAGAUGAAUCUGGAUCUGCCCCAGUACCCGACCCUCUUCUUCAAGCCGGCUGCCUGUCUGAACACCUCAAAUGCCCCAUUGGUCAUUCCCCACCAGGCCACGGAUUCGCAAGCCGACUAUGAGGCCGAGCUGGCAGUAGUCGUUGGCCGCAGCGCACGCAACGUCCGCGUCGAGGACGCCAUGAGCCAUGUCCUUGGCUACAUAUGUUCCAACGACGUCACGGCAAGAAAGCACCAGUUUUCCGGAGCUCAGUGGGGUUUUGGAAAGGGCUUCGAUGGCUUCGCGCCAAUGGGUCCCUGCCUGGUCAGCACCACGAGGAUCCCGGACCCAUCAGUCAUUUCUUCAAAGACAACCCUCAAUGGUGUUGUGAUGCAGGAUGGAAGAUGCGACGACAUGAUAUUCUCGGUUGCCGAGAUUGUGGCAUAUUUGUCUCAAGGAACAACUCUCGAGGCCGGCACCGUGAUUAUGACGGGAACACCUCAUGGCAUAGGGGUGAGUAGGACCCCGCCCGUUUUCCUAUCCCCAGGAGAUGACCUCCGCGUUGUCAUGAGUCACGGAUUGGGCAGUCUCGUGAACCGGGUUGAAUAUGAGAAAGCCCCCUCGAGAGCGGUCAAUGGAGCAGGACAAUUGGGCGGCGUGAACGGCCAGAAUGAACUGACCGGAGGCAAGUACAAUGGCUUUCAUACAGGCAAUGAGGGCUCUUAG